AUGAGUAACGUCACAAUAACGAAUGUCCACCCACGAUUUACAUGCGGCAACUCACAAUUUUUUCGCAUCCAAACUAAGAAUUGGCGAGGAAAAUCUCAAGGACUGCAGAGCAAAAUUUAUUCCAGAAUCUUGAUUUCACCGUUGACAACGAAGACUUCACACAAGAACCUCGCAGAUAUGUCUCGAGUCCCCCUUAUGGCACCUGAAAGUGGUUUACAAGUCACAGAGGGUCAAAAUUUCGUGAUGCUUGAGGCUGGAUUACCUGGUGAUUCGUGGACGUACUGUGUCGAAAGGGGACGAUUGGCCAAAAGGUCAGAAUGGUUUCGGGCAAUGCUUACUGGUCCGUUCGCUCCUCCAUUGACGGAUUCACCGCCGUUAUUGCGAUUGGAACACGUUGAUAAACGAGCAUUCGAUCACCUUCUCACAUAUCUUCAUGACAAGCCCGUCAAUUUUAUAUCGGUAUCAACGUCCAGAGCCACGCUCGAUGCAGCUCAUCAGUACCUUUGUCCUGGACUCGCGCGACUCGCCGUAACAUAUCUUGAGAGGCAUCUCACACCUUCGACCGUGCUCGAGAUUUAUCAGGGUCUUGGACUCUACGCGAACGAUCUGCGAGAAGAUGAUUCCAGUUUUGACAGAUCGUCAAAUUCACCGUCGACACCAUUAUCGCCCGGAGACGAUGCCAGUGUAAUAGCUGCUGUGUGCACCGAUCUUCUGCUCAAGUGCUUGUACGUAAUCGAUUCGAAUCCAGUCAAGGUGCUACGUCAGGAACAAUUUGAGGAGCUUAGUGCUCGGGAAGUCGCCCAGUUAGCACGUCGCGACACUUUGAAUAUCACUAGCGAGUCCAUCCUCUUUAACGCGUUAGAUAGAUGGGCCGCAGCCGAAUGUAGAAGACAAGGCGUCGAGCCCCUGCCAGUCAACAAGAGAGCCGCGCUCUCGGAUGACAUCUGCUUCAGCGUGCGGUAUCUUCUUAUGAACGAUCGAGAAUUCGUCAGUGGCCCCAUGGCGAGCGGUAUCCUGACUAACGAGGAAUGCGUCCACAUCGUUUCUAAAAUACUCAGACAUCCCGAGGAUCCGAAAAAUGAGAACAUUCGGAGCAGCGCUCUAGACAUCCAUCCGUUUAGGUUGUCCAAUGCGCCUAGGGUCGCAUAUAAACAUGAGAAUCAGGACUGCAACUUGUUAAGGCCGGGUAAAAAGGAACGACAGGACAAUCGGAAAAAUAGAAGAAGAGAGUGUGCUAGUCAAGGACAUAGGGCGUGCGCUAGAAUAGGAAAUUGCCUCGUACGAAUUCUAGCUUGCGUGUUUGAUUAAACAGUGCACUAUAGAAUCAU